AUGACAAGAGUUCGGAGACAAGAGGAGCGUGGUGAUGGAGGCGCAUAUCGAGAGGCCGAGGGUGGAUUUAAGAGCUCAGAGGCCGGGGUGGAAGGGAAGAGGAGAAGAGGAAGACGGCGAAAGAAAGACAACCAUGCGAAUAAAGAAGCGGCGAAGGGAAAGCACAGCGACGUGAGACGGCGGAUCCAAGAGCCAACCGCUCGAGAGACGACACCCGGCCGCGCGUCCCUCCUCCGCGCCCUCACUCGCCGGAGGAGGAGCCGCCGCCGCGCCGAGCAGGAGUGCCGCGCCGAGCAGGAGUGCCGCGCCGAGCAGUGCCACGCCGAGCAGGAGUGCCGCCGAGCAGGAGUGCGCCGAGCGAGAGCGCCGCGCCGAGCAGGAGUGCCGAGCAGAGGCCACGCCGAGCAGGACGCCCGCGCCGAGCAGGAGUGCCACGCCGAGCAGGAGUGCCGCGCCGAGCAGGAGUGCCACGCCGAGCAGGAGUGCCACGCCGAGCAGGAGUGCCACGCCGAGCAGGAGUGCACGCCGAGCAGGAGUGAGAGCACGCCACGCGCGAGCAGGAGUGCCGCGCCGAGCAGGAGUGCCACGCCGAGCAGGAGGCCACGCCGAGCAGGAGUGCCGCGCCGAGCCCGCGCCGAGCAGGAGUGCCGCGCCGAGCAGGAGUGCCACGCGCGUCAGGAGUGCCGCGCCGAGCAGGAGUGCCACGCCGAGCAGAGAGUGCCACCGAGCAGGAGUGCCACGCCGAGCAGGAGUGCACGCCGAGCAGGAGUGCCGCGCCGAGCAGGAGUGCCGCGCCGAGCAGGAGUGCCGCCGCGUCAGGAGUGCCGCGCCGAGCAGGAGUGCCAGGACGCCGAGCAGGAGUGCCAGCCGCGUCAGGAGUGCCGCGCCGAGCAGGAGUGCCGCGCCGAGCAGGAGUGCCGCGCCGAGCAGGAGUGCCACGCCGAGCAGGAGUGCCGCGCCGAGCAGGAGUGCCACGCCCAGGAGUGCCGCGCCGAGCAGGAGUGCCGCGCCGAGCAGGAGUGCCACGCCGAGCAGGAGUGCCACGCGCGCAGGAGUGCCACGCCGAGCAGGAGUGCCGCGCCGAGCAGGAGUGCCACGCCGCGUCAGGAGUGCCGCGCGAGCAGGAGUGCCGCGCGAGCAGAGUGCACGCAGGAGUGCCGCGCCGAGCAGGAGUGCCCGCCGAGCAGGAGUGCCACGCCGAGCAGAGCACGCCGGCAGGUGCCACGCCGCGCAGGAGUGCGCGCCGAGCAGGAGUGCUGCCGGCCGAGUGCCGCGCCGAGCAGGAGUGCCACGCCGCGUCAGGAGUGCGAGCAGGAGUGCCGCGCCGAGCAGGAGUGCCACGCCGCGUCAGGAGUGCCGCGCGACCAGGAGUGCCGCGCCGAGCAGGAGUGCCGCGCCGAGCAGGAGUGCCACGCCGCGACCGAGUGCGCCGCCAGGACGCCCAGGAGUCAGGAGUGCCGCGCCGAGCAGAGCGCCGAGCAGGGAGUGCCACGCCGAGCAGGAGUGCCGCCGAGCAGGAGUGCCACGCCGAGCAGGAGUUGCCACGCCGAGCAGGAGUGCCGCCCGAGCAGGAGUGCCACGCAGGAGUGCGCGAGCACGCCAGCAGGAGUGCCACGCGAGCAGGAGUGCCGCGCCGAGCAGAGUGCCACGCCGAGCAGGAGUGCCGCGCGAGCAGGAGUGCCACGCCGAGCAGGAGUGCCACGCCGAGCAGGAGUGCCACGCCGAGCCGCCACGCCGAGCAGGAGUGCCACGCCGAGCAGAGUGCCGCGCCGAAGCAGGAGUGCCACGCCGAGCAGGAGUGCCACGCGAGCAGGAGUGCGCCGAGCAGGAGUUGCACGCCGAGCGAGCAGGAGUGCACGCCGAGCAGGAGUCCGCGCCACGCCAGGAGUGCCGCGCGAAGCAGGAGUGCACGCCGAGCAGGAGCCACGCGAGCAGGAGUGCCACGCGAGCAGGAGUGCCACGCCGAGCAGGAGUAGCCCGAGCAGAGCAGGAGUGCCACCGAGCAGGAGUGCCACCGUGUGCCACGGAGCAGAGUGCCGCAGGAGUGCCACGCCGGCAGGAGUGCCGCGCCGAGCAGGAGUGCCACGCCGGCAGGAGUCCACGCCGAGCAGGAGUGCCACGCCGAGCAGGAGUGCCCGCCGACAGGAGUGCCACGAGCGCCACGGAGCAGGAGUGCCAAGCGAGUGCCAGCGCGAGCAGGAGUGCCGCGCCGAGCAGGAGUGCCACGCCGAGCCAGGGUGCGAGCACGCCGAGAGAGUGCGCGCGAGCAGGAGUGCCAGGACGCCGACAGGAGUGCCGCCGAGCCGACGCCGAGCAGGAGUGCACGCCACGCCGAGCAGAGAGGGUGCACGCCGCAGCAGGAGUGCAGCGAGCAGGAGUGCCACGCGAGCAGGAGUGCCACGCCGAGCAGGAGUGCCGCGCCGAGCCGCGCCGCGUCAGGCUCCGCGGCGGCCGAGAGAAAGGGCCAGGGGGAAAUCAGGCCCCGGGGUUAUGGCGCUGCCCGGCCGCGCUAAGAGCCCGGGGUCGGAGGGAGAGGUCGCGGGGCCAUAA